CUGCCGCGCCGGUGCUCCCGUGCCUGAUCCGGGUUCAUGGAGCCCGGGCUGUGGCUCCUUUUGGGGCUCACAGUGACCGCCGCCGCAGGAUUCGUGCCUUGCCCCCAGGCUGUGGGUGCUGGCAGGACCAGCGUGCCCCGGGCCCCCCGUGCAGCCGGGUCUGAGGGGGACUGUGAAGACUAUGUGGCCAGCCCUGGAAGGCAGACUGUGGCCCCCACGGCAGGCAAGGGGCCCAGCCCUGGAAGCCCUGGGCAGGAGCUGGUGGCCGAGGGGGACCUGGGGCGCCGCCGUGCGCGACGGUGCACCUGCUUCACCUACAAGGACAAAGAGUGCGUCUACUAUUGCCACCUGGACAUCAUCUGGAUCAACACUCCGGAGCAGACCGUGCCCUAUGGACUGUCCAGCUACAGAGGAGGCUUCCGGGGCAAGCGGGCCGUGGGGCCGUUUCCAGGGAGCGAGCAGCCCUCGCCGCAGACCCCCGUGCGCUGCCGCUGUGUGGGGAGAGAGGACAAGGCCUGCACGCGCUUCUGCUCCCAGGCCGUGGACACCCGCAGCAACACCGGGACCACAGCAGAACCAGACACAGCAGAGGAAAGCGAAGCUGCUGGGGCCCGGCGAGGCCUGCGUGGGAGGAGAUAGGUUGACGCCGAGGGCAGAGGAAGCAAGUGGGCCCUAAUCCACCACCAGCCGCCGCCUGUGCCCCGCAGUCCGGCCUCGGCCUCGCUCUGCCUGCUCCCUGCCUCCCCUUCCAGGAACAGGCCUGCCGAGAUCUCAGCCCUGCCUGGAGCGCCAUUCACGUUUCCGCCUCUCUCAGGACCAGGAGUGCAUUUGCCUGGGGCAGGAUGCCCACCCCAGCCCCCACUCUGGCCACCCCUGCUCCAGGAACGCCCGGGUCCCAGCAGCCACCCCCCUAAUGGGUAAAGCGAUCCCAGAUGUGCCCCGGGGCCUGACACCUGCAGCUCUGGGUUCCUGCAGGAAAUGGUUUUUGGAGAGGCGUGGCCAGUCCCAGCGCCACUUGCUGGCCUUGACAUGACUCCUGGAGAGGACGUGGAGUCCAGGCUCGCUCUCUGCAAAUGUAGGCUUGUGCCCCUCUUAUAAUGGUCACGGCCGAGCUCCCGUAUCCCAACCCAGGCCGCGCGCGUGCUCGGAGUUGGAGAGGCACGGAUUGUAGCUGUCCAGGAGUUGAUGGGUUUGAAUUAGUUCUGUAGGAUUUGGAGACAUUUGUAGCUGUACGUGGUACCCACCAAAAGAAUGUAUCUUGAAGGAGACGAAGGAGAAGCCACAGGUAAGGGAGAAAGUUCCUGUCUCGGCUCUGAGCUCCGAGGUGCGCAGUGCAGCUUGCUCUUGCCCAGUUGCCUGACCAGCUGACCCUCUGUGUCCACUGCAGACCCCAGGCCCAAGCACAGUACGGGUCCCAGGCCUCGUGGCCAGGAAGCCGGCCAUAAAGGCAGUCCCAGCGCAAGGCUGUUAGAGACGAUUAUCUGCUUUCAUGAGUUAGUGUAGAUCUAUGGGAGUGGCUGCAGAAUAAGCCAGGAACACAAACUCUUUGUAAAUUAUGUAAAUUCCUAUUGAUCUGUAGAAUUGGCAACAGCUGGGAAUUGUGACGCCCAACAGUUCACAGCUGUGCUGUUACUGCCGCUGCCCCCCCCCCCACACACAGGUGUAGGUGUGUGGAGCUGUGGCCAGGCCGGGUACUGUCCACACGGGGGAGAGGCUGCCACCUCCCCAGCCGGCCCCCGAGUGGAGUAUGUGCCGAGGGCGCUGUGCAGAAGUUCCAGAUGGCGGAUGAUGAAGCUCUGGCCUUGGCCGAAUGUUAAACUCUGCAGGUGGAGGAGUGAGGGUGUCUCUCGGGGUGGCGGUGGGGAGCGAUGCUGGCAGGGCCGUGCGCAGUUUAGGGGGUGGUUAUUUAUUGUGCGAGUGUUCUCUGCCUCCACGCUUUCACGUGCAUCUCUUCAAAGUCAAGUCACUCGGUGCGUGGAUCGACUUGACAUCCAAACUCAUAUUCCUUAGAGCUCAGAUGACAGUUGUGAGUGUGCACUGUUGGCGCCGUGGCAAGGUGAUGUCCCGGAGAGAAGCCCAUUCAUUGUGCGAACACUCAGAAGAUGCUGUCAAAUGCAUAAUAAAAAA